AGCCGCCUCAAAGGGCCCAAGCCGGCCGCGGCUCCUCGCCGCCGCCCCGUCCGGGGAGCUGAUGGGCGUGCACCUCACCUGGAAGGAUGUUCUUUGCUGCUGGCCACAGCUGCUGUACGGCAGGGCGUGCUGCUUCUGGAAUUGUAUAUUUUCGCCUUGUAUUCUUACCGGCUGGGCGUGCAGCAUUUAUUUAUGCGGCUGCCUGAAGGUUUAUUUCAACCGAGGUUUUUACAAGUUCUGUUGUUGUUUCUGCAGAUGUUGCGGCUGCUGGUGGGACUACAACGACAAGUCUUUCCCACCCAACAGCAGCUCACUUGGAGGGAUCGCAAAAUCAACGGCGACGACGCCAACGUGGAGGCUGGCAAGGGCACGGCCGACGUGGAGUGGCGGAGGGCCAGCAAGCUGGCGAAGGGCGGCAAGAUGCAGCUCUUCGGCGAGACAGUGGAGGGGGGCGGGGCGCUCUUGGCAACUGCUGGCUACUGGCCGCCAUGGCGUGCCUUGCCGAGCAUCCUGGUGCCAUCGAGUCGGUGUUUCUGAGAGCGCAAUCCGAGGGGCAAGUACAGGCUUCGCAUCUACGACGGCGCCAAGGAGAGCGGUGGGAGAAGAUCAUCAUCGACGAUUGCAUCCCGUGCAAGAAAGGCACUGACACACCGAUGUUCUCGCAGCCGAACGGCAACGAGCUCUACGCCAUGCUCCUCGAGAAGGCGUUCGCGAAGUUUUGCGGCUCCUACGCCGCGACAGAGGGCGGGCACACUGUCUGGGCGCUGCGCGCCAUGACCGGGGACCCGGCGAGGAUGUUCUUCCAGUCGAAGGACAAGAAGGGCUGGACAAGAGACGACAUUGUCAACAAGGCGAACGAGAAGGACAGGCGCGACUUCAGCUUCGUGGAGAAGGGUGAAUUCAUCACGAACGAUGCGAUGUUUCGCAUCUUGCUCGAGUACCACAGGCAGAGGUCCGUACUCUGCGCCUCCGGGUCCAGUGGCAAGGACGGCCUCCACAAGGGCCACGCCUACAGCAUUCUCGACGUCGUAGAAGUCAACAGUGGGCCCAUGGGCAUCGGCGGAACCACGUUCUGGCUUGUGAAAAUAAGGAAUCCUUGGGGAGCUGGCGAGUGGAAGGGCGAUUGGGGCGACAAGAGCGAGCUCUGGAAGAAGCACCCGCGCGUGAAGGAAGUGUGCAAGUUCGCGGACGCCGAUGAUGGAGCAUUCUGGAUGUGCUGGGACGACUAUACAGAACUGGAGCAAGAUCGGGGUCGUCCACAGGACUGUGGACAUCCACUCCGUGAAGCUCCACGUGAGGGACGACACAUACUGCGCGCCGACGGCGGGAUGCUUCUCGGAGGGGGGUGCUGCUCGUACUGGUGCUGCUUCGUCGGCUGCUCCCGGCUCUACUGCCCCCGGCGGCCGACCGACGACACGGUCCGCGGGAGGAAGGGUUGCCUGCGGUGGUGCUGCGGCCCCUGUUGCUGCGGCAGCGGCGACGAGGGGUACCGGGCGUCGAAGGUCAGCCCGAGCAGCAUCGGCAAGCCGGGCGCGUGAGGGAGAGCCAUUGCGCCCACACUUGAAGGGCCCGUUCUACGUGCUCGUGCUCUUCGGCUCCUCCUUCCCACAUCGAUAAUUCGUGCUGUUGCCCGUUUGGUAGCAGCCCAGGCCUGUUUGUGGAGUUGCUCGUGCGGCUCGAGCUGCGAAA